GGGGAGAGGUGACUGUAGGACAGGUGAAUAUAUCUAUUGUUCUCUGCUAUCAGCCAUGUAAGGAGGGGAGAGGUGACUGUAGGACAGGUGAAUACAAUCUAUUGUUCUCUUUUAUCAGCCAUGUCACGAGGGGAGAGGUGACUGUAGGACAGGUGAAUACAAUCUAUUCUCUGUUAUCAGUCAUGUCAGGAGGGGAGAGGUGACUGUAGGACAGGUGAAUACAAUCUAUUCUCUGUUAUCAGUCAUGUCAGGAGAGGAGAGGUGACUGUAGGACAGGUGAAUAUAAUCUAUUGUUCUCUGUUAUCAGCCAUGUCAGGGGGGGAGAGGUGACUGUAGGACAGGUGAAUACAAUCUAUUGUUCUCUGUUAUCAACCAUGUCAGGAGGGGAGAGGUGACUGUAGGACAGGUGAAUACAAUCUAUUGUUCUCUGUUAUCAGCCAUGUCAGGAGAGGAGAGGUGACUGUAGGACCAGAGGGUUAAUGGCAGGGUCAGAGAGCUCUCUUUUUGCAGAGAAUAGAUGAUAGGGAAGGAAGGGUUAAUCAUACAUAGCAGAUGAGGUGCCUGGGGCUUGUAUUGGGUGUCUGGUAAGGAAGGGUUAAUGGUGCAGGAUCCAGGAGGUGAGCUGCACCCAUGAGGAGGAGGAGCGGGUCAGGGAGACCUGAGGAUAAGGAUUUGGGAGAGCGUUGCUCCGCAGCAGGAUGUCUGUUCCCAGAGAUGACCCAUUCCUUGUCUCCCCCCCAGGACAGAAGUCCGGAGUGAAGGGGUUCUUCAGCAGAGAUUCCAUUCCCACCAAGAAAGUGCCGACAAUAUGUGGAACCAACUACCCCCUGAGUAUCAUGUUCAUCAUCGUCAACGAAUUCUGCGAACGAUUCUCGUAUUAUGGCAUGAAAGCCGUCCUUACUCUGUAUUUCGUGAAUUAUCUGAAAUGGGACGACAACCUGUCCACCACCGUCUACCACGCCUUCUCCGGCCUCUGCUACUUCACCCCCAUUUUGGGAGCCCCCAUUGCUGAUGCCUGGCUGGGAAAAUUUCACACCAUAUUCUGGCUCUCCAUUCUGUACGUCAUAGGUCAUGUGAUUAAAUCAGUGGGCGCCAUUCCUACAGUGGGGAGCACGGAACUACACGUGGCGCUGUCUAUGAUCGGGCUGAUCGCCAUCGCCUUCGGUACCGGGGGCAUUAAGCCGUGCGUCUCGGCCUUCGGAGGUGACCAGUUCAAUGAAGAACACGUACAAGAACGAGCGCGGUUCUUCUCCAUCUUCUACGUGUCCAUUAACGCCGGGAGUCUCAUCUCCACCUUUGUGACCCCUGUGCUCCGAGGAGAUGUCCAGUGUUUCGGGACGGAUUGUUAUGCGUUGGCGUUUGGUGUUCCGGCUGCAUUAAUGUUCUUUGCGCUCAUUGUGUUCGUAUGCGGCAGCGGCAUGUACAAGAAAUAUCCGCCACAGGGGAACAUAUUGGGCUCCGUCUUCAAGUGCAUUGGAUUCGCCAUCAAGAACCGCUGGAAUCAUCGCUCCAAACAAUAUCCGAAGAGGGAGCACUGGGCGGACUGGGCCUCCGAGCAGUAUCCGAAAAAACUGAUCACAGAGGUGAAGAUGGUGACGAAGGUUUUGUUCCUGUACAUCCCGCUGCCCAUGUUCUGGGCGCUCUUUGACCAGCAGGGAUCCCGCUGGACUCUACAAGCCACAAGAAUGGACACGGAUUUUAAAGGAUUUGUGGCUCAGCCCGACCAGAUCCAGGUAAGAUGUCUCUCUCUAUGAGGGUCCUGAACCCCGCUCCUCAUCCUCAUCCUCAUCCCGAUCUUUGACCUCGGUAUCUACCCCCUGUUCAGACUCUGCAAGAUCGAAUUAAAGGCUAUUCCCAAGAUGGCGAUCGGUAUGCUCCUGGCGGCCCUGGCGUUCGUAGUCGCUACUAUUGUAGAGCUCAAGAUUGUGGAAACGUAUCCAGCCGCCCCCAAAACCGGACAAAGUUUUCUGAAGGUUCUAAAUUUUGCAGACGCCGACGUUACAAUAAAUCCCGGAGCAGGAAACGGCCUAAUAACACAACCAAUGCUGAACCCUGCAGAGCUCCAGGAACCUUUAUACCAGACCCUGAAUAUCUCGGGGACACAGACGGUGACGAUCAGUCGUGGAGGAUCAGUCGUCUGUUCUUUCCGUCUUACAGAAGAAACUGUUCAUUCUGUCACUGUUAAUAACACAGGAUGUCUAGAUGUUACAGAUCUCAAUGAGAAACCAGAGAAAGGAUUAGCAGCCAUCAGGUUCACAAAUUUGCUCAAUGUGGAGAUCCGAAAUAUUUCGGUUGGAGAAGAUUUAGUUCAUGUCAUUCCGUUCAACACGUCAGAAUACACAAAGCUGAAGAGAGGAAAAGCCGUCCUGGAAAGUAAGAUCGGUGACACAAAAUAUACCAUUGACGUGGGAUUGCUAAACUUCGGAGGAGCGUACACCGCGGUGCUGAGAUCGCGCAACGACGUUGAGAAAACCAUUGAAGCCGUCGUGUUUAAUGACGUCGCAGCGAACACUUUCCACGUGGCGUGGCAGAUCCCGCAGUACGUCCUGCUCAGUGCCGGGGAGGUCAUGUUCUCCAUCACAGGCUUGGAGUUCUCAUAUUCACAGGCUCCCGCCAGUAUGAAGUCCGUCCUCCAGGCCGGGUGGCUGCUGACGGUCGCUUUCGGUAACGUGAUUGUGCUGAUUGUCGCUCAGGCGGGAUCCCUGGAACAGUGGGCGGAGUUUGUGCUCUUCGCCGCCCUCCUGGUCGCCGUCUGCAUCAUCUUCUCCAUUAUGGGAUACUUCUACGUCCCCGUAGACCCCAGCCUCCUGAACGAAGAGGAUGAGAAGACGGAGAGCGACCAGAACGAGAAGAAGAAGAUUCCAGACUUCUACGAAAUGACCCCGGACGCCAACAUGGAGGAGAAGAAGACGAAGAUCUAAGAGGGGGCGGAGUCGAAAUAAGCUUGCGGGACCCCGGGGGUCCUCUUUAUAAGUGUUAUGGGGAGAAUUUUAGAACCAUCUCUUUUAUAUGCGGAAAUUAUUUUUGUUGUUUGUUAUGAUGAACUUGGCGUUGAAAUGGCGCAGCGCGGCCCCUCGGGUUGGUGCACAAAAGGGGCAAAUACGGGCGGCGGCUGCGCAGUGUACAGUCUCAUAUAAUUCCCUGUAAUCGGGGGACGCAGCGUAACGGGUCAUGGAGUCCGGGAUCCCCUUUAAUGUCAGGUGUGAACUAAUGUCCCAGAACAGUGGUCUUAAACUGUGACCCUCCAGCUGUUGCAAAACUACAACUCCCAGCAUGCCCGGACAGCCAACGGCUGUCCGGGCAUGCUGGGAGUUGUAGUUUUGCAAUGACAUGCCGUACAACGCAUACAUGGAAGGUUCUCAUACACGGGUGCGAUGGGUUAAUUGAAUCUAUGCUGCAGAAGACCACUGCAUAAAGGCAUGACAUGAAAGGGAAGCCUUAAUUUACCUUUCAGGGACAGUGUGGAUCCUCUGGGGAAGACAGACAGGAUUUUAGCUGUCCGGGCAUGCUGGGAGUUGUAGUUUUGCAAUGACAUGCCGUACAGCGCAUACAUAGAAGGUUCUCAUACACAGGUGCGAUGGGUUAAUUGAAUCUAUGCUGCAGAAGACCACUGCAUAAAGGCAUGACAUGAGAGGGAAGCCUUAAUUUACCUUUCAGGGACAGUGUGGAUCCUCUGGGGAAGACAGACAGGAUGUGGGAGUUGUAGUUUUGCAAUGACAUGCCGUACAACGCAUACAUGGAAGCUUCUCAUACACAGGUGCGAUGGGUUAACUGAAUCUAUGCUGCAGAAGACCACUGCAUAAAGGCAUGACAUGAAAGGGAAGCCUUAAUUUACCUUUCAGGGACAGUGUGGAUCCUCUGGGGAAGACAGACAGGAUGUGGGAGUUGUAGUUUUGCAAUGACGUACCGUACAGCGCAUACAUGGAAGCUUCUCAUACACAGGUGCAAUGGGUUAAUUGUAUUUAUGCUGUAGAAAACCACUGCAUACAGGCAUGGCAUGAGAGGGAAGCCUUGAUUUACCUUUCAGGGACAGUGUGGAUCCUCUGGGGAAGGCAGACAGGCUUUUGGCCAUCCGGGCAUGCUGGGAGUUGGAAGUUUUGCAACAUCUGAGGGGGUGCCACGUUUUGAGACCACUGUCCUAGACAAUCCGGAACGAUCCGCGGCUGUGGUCCGGGCUUUAAUCGUGUACAAUAUGGUAAACAUGGCGAUACAUUGUAUGAUUUAUAAAUAAAUGCGGAAUGUUUGAAGGGUCCACGACUGCGCGGUCACACUUGGUGGUGGUGAAGCCAAAAAUGGCGACAAU